AUGGCUGCCGAAGCUGGCCCGAUCUCCAAGGUCCUCAUCGUCGUAGCGAUGCAGACGGAGGCGACGCCGCUCGUCAGCAAGUUCAAGCUCGUCGAGGCGCCCGCCCACGAAUCCACUUUUCCUAAAGGUGCCCCAUGGGUUAGGUACCAUGGCAACUACAAAGGCCUCCACAUUGACCUUGUAUUGCCUGGAAAGGAUGCUGUUUUUGGAGUCGACAGUGUUGGUACAGUAUCGACAGCUCUUGUGACUAGUUUUUCCAUUCAAACAUUGAAGCCAGACCUUAUCAUUAAUGCUGGCACUGCUGGUGGCUUCAAGGCCAAAGGAGCAAGCAUUGGAGAUGUAUUCCUAGCAUCAGAUGUUGCAUUCCAUGACAGGAGGAUACCAAUACCUGUUUUUGACAUGUAUGGAAUUGGAGCACGGAAAACUUUUGCAGCUCCUAAUAUCUUGAAGGAACUCAAUUUGAAGGUUGGCAAGUUGUCGACUGGGGAUUCUCUGGAUAUGUCUCCCCAUGAUGAGGAGGUGAUACUGAGCAAUGAUGCUACAAUAAAGGAUAUGGAGGGAGCUGCUGUGGCAUAUGUCGCCGACAUGUUCUCAACACCAGCGAUCUUUGUGAAAGCUGUGACUGAUAUCGUGGAUGGGGAGAAGCCAACGUCUGAGGAGUUUCUGCAGAACCUGAUUGCCGUAACAGCGGCACUGGACCUGGCAGUCACCAAAGUGGUGGAUUUCAUCAGCGGGAAACACAUCUCUGAUCUUUGA